UUGUUGCGACCGUUUCGGAGUCGUGCGCCAAUAUCGAAGAUAAAUCCAAUAUCGCUUUCUCGCUCUCGCUCUCCCUGUGUACCACUCGCCGAUGGCUUCGCCUGCCGCCGCCUCCUCUUCGGGUCGAUCCUGAGCUUGGUGGCCAUGGCGGUGAAGAAGGCGGCCGAGUGCUCCUCCAAGGCGCUGGCCGAGGAGGUGCAGCGCUGGGGAGCCAUGAAGCAGAACGGGGUGAGCCUGCGGUACAUGAUGGAGUUCGGUGCUCGCCCCACCGAGAAGAACCUCCUCCUUUCCGCUCAGUUCCUCCACAAGGAGCUCCCCGUGAGGAUCGCCCGGAGGGCCAUUGAGCUGGAGUCACUGCCCUUUGGCCUGUCCCAGAAACCCGCCGUCUUGAAGGUCAGAGAUUGGUAUCUGGAAUCUUUUCGCGAUAUCCGAUCCUUUCCAGAUGUUAAGGACAGCAACGAUGAAUUAGCUUUCACUCAAAUGAUAAAGAUGAUCAAGGUGAGGCAUAACAACGUGGUUCCAGCCAUGGCUUUAGGUGUACAGCAGCUAAAGAGAGACAUAAACUGCAAGGUCGUGUCAGAGCUGGAGGAGAUCCAUCGAUUUCUUGACCGUUUUUACAUGUCAAGAAUUGGGAUCCGCAUGCUUAUAGGACAGCAUGUGGCCUUGCAUGAUCCUGAUCCAGAACCAGGUUGUAUUGGUCAGAUAAACACUAGACUUUCUCCGAUGCAAGUUGCCCGAACUGCUAGUGAAGACGCCCGCAGUCUCUGCUUUCGAGAAUACGGGAGUGCUCCUGACGUUAACAUAUAUGGAGAUCCAAAUUUCACCUUCCCGUAUGUUCCAUCACAUUUGCACCUUAUGGUCUUUGAGCUGGUAAAGAACUCUUUGCGUGCAGUUCAAGAGCGUUUCAUGGAUUCCGACAAAGAUGUCCCUCCUGUUAGAAUUAUUGUUGCUGAUGGGAUAGAGGAUGUUACAAUAAAGAUAUCAGAUGAAGGGGGUGGUAUAGCUAGAAGUGGCCUUCCAAAGAUCUUCACAUAUCUCUAUAGUACUGCAAAGAAUCCACUAGAUGAGACCUAUGAAGGAAUCUCAGAUGGGGUAACCAUGGCUGGUUAUGGUUAUGGACUUCCAAUUAGUCGUCUCUAUGCUCGUUAUUUUGGUGGUGAUCUGCAAAUUAUCUCCAUGGAAGGAUAUGGAACCGAUGCCUACCUUCAUUUGUCUCGACUGGGCGACUCACAAGAACCCCUGCCAUAAGUUCUUAAAUAUUUUUCAUGCUUGAUAAGAAGCUACAAUUCUCUCUUGUGCAGAGCUAAGGCUGUAGAUCUGUGCUUUAAGCUUGAAUUUUGCAGAUGAUUUCCACACAUCAAAGUCAGCAUCGAUCAUUGCAGAAAAAAAAAUAUGGAAAGAAACUUUGAAAUCUAUGCUAGUUGAAUGAAACUGAAGCUUCUCAUAUCCAUUCAGAUGAUUCAUAUUUGUGGCAUUGCAGAUGAUUUCGGUACUUCAAAGUCAGCAUUGAACAUUGCAAACGAAAAAAAACUUUGAAUUCAAUGCUAGUUGAAUGAAACUGAAGCUUCUCAUUUG